CUCUUCAUCUUACAGGCUUUUACACCUCGAUCAAACCCCCUCGUUCCUAAUCUUCUCAUCUUCUCUCUCGCGCGCCAGCAUGCGUCCCCCACAACAGCUGCCGGCAACCUAACCUGCUUGCCACCCACGCGCGCGCGAGGACGCGCACAAACCCUACGGCCCAAAGCCAUGGACGCACCACGGCCACGGUCACCUCCACCUCUGUUCAUGCCAACCACGCCUCCCCCUCCCCCACCAUCACCGCCACCGUUCUUCCCCUCGCCUUCGCACGACUUCUCCUUCUCCUUCCCUCCGCUCCCUUCCUCGCCUCCUCCUUUCCACGCCCGCCUCCGCGCGCUUCCACUUCCGGCCGUCGCCGCCGACAUGUCCCGGACACCCAUCGGCCGCGUCGGCAGCGACAUCAGCCACAACAACUACGCCAAAGCGAACCGCCGUCAUCAAACCACAAGUCACACCAGCAGCAGCGAGGACUUCAAGGACAGGGACAGGGCCAAGAACAGGGCCUCGCCUUUCUUCUCCGGCUUUGGCGGCGCGUGGAGAUCAGGCGAGGGCAGAGACGACGCGGCCGAGGACAGGAGGAAGGUGAAGGGGAAGAGAGGGCCGCUAGAGGUGGGCCAGAGGGUGAGGAAGUACAUGGCGUCCCUGGUGGAGCAGCUGCUCGCCUCCUUCUCCCGGCUCGGCGAGAGGGAGCGGCGGGAGCAGCGGCGGAGGCCGCACUCGUUCUCGGGGAGCGGGCCGGGCGCCGCGGCGGCAGCCGCGAGGGAGCGGGAGCGGUGGAGGCAGAGACGCGGGCAGCUGUCGUCCGCGCCGGCGUCGCUGCGCGCGUCACCGGUGAACAGCGGGCACCUGUCCGUCGGCGGGUCCGUGAAGGUGUCGACGUCGUCGGAGGAGAGCACGAUGGAGGAGCUGCAGAGCGCCAUCCAGGCCGCCAUCGCGCACUGCAAGAACUCCAUCGCCGUGGCCAAGGAGUAGACGUGUCGCGCCCCGGCGCCCGGCCCCGGACACUUGCUAGUGUAGCUGUGUGGGGUGGGUGGCGUGCGUCGGUGCAUGUUCACGUGCCGGCCGGUCGCCAUGCGUGAUGCUUCCGAAUCAGAAGCUCUCGGUUGGGUAGGUUCCGAGCAUGAACUUCACUCGGUUUCUUACAUCUCAGAUUUUCCUGCUUGCAGUUGCAAAUACUACGUAUGUAAUUAAGAAGCACGUGUAAACAAUAUGAAAACAUAGCGAAGGAAAUAGGAAGUUAUUAGCGAGCAUGUACAUUUUUGCAA